AUGCAGGUCGUGUCUGCGAUAGACUUAGACCUAAGCAGUACAGACUCCAUCAAGGCCGCAGCAAAGACUGCAGCACAAGGCAUGGUACAAUAUUAUACUGGCGAUAGACCGGGUGAUGUUCCAGGAAACUUACCUCAGCCAUACUAUUGGUGGGAAGCAGGUGCGAUGUUUGCCGCAUUGGUGGAUUAUUGGUACUUUACUGGGGAUGAUACAUACAAUGCUAUCACGACUCAGGCACUUCUUUUUCAGGUUGGACCCAACAACGAUUAUAUGCCCCCGAAUCAAACCAAGACCGAAGGGAACGAUGACCAAGCAUUUUGGGGCAUGGCGGCACUCUCAGCAGCGGAGAAUCGGUAUCCAAACCCGCCUCCAGACGAGCCACAGUGGCUCGCCCUUGCUCAGGCAGUCUUCAACUCACAAGCCAUUCGAUGGGACAACACCACUUGCAAUGGUGGUUUGAAGUGGCAGAUUUUCGCUUUCAACAACGGCUACACUUAUAAGAACACCAUCUCAAAUGGCUGCUUUUUUAAUAUGGCUGCCCGGUUAGCAGUGUACACCGGCAACACGACUUAUGCCGAGUGGGCGAACAGGAUGUACGACUGGGUCAGUGCUGUUGGUUUGCUGAGUCCCACAUAUCAAUUCUUCGAUGGAACAGAUGAUACUCUGAAUUGCAGCCAGCUAAAUCACAUUCAAUGGUCUUAUAAUACUGGAGUAUUCAUGCUGGGUGCUGCUAACAUGUACAACUUUACAAACGGUGAGGCUAUCUGGGAGGAACGCCUUCGCGGCAUCAUCACCGGAGCGGGCGUCUUUUUCCUUAAUAAUGUCAUGUAUGAGGUAGCGUGUGAGCCCAACGGAAAAUGCAACGUCGAUCAGCGUUCCUUCAAAGCUUAUCUCGCACGCUGGAUGGCGGCAACUAUGGUACGAGCACCAUUCACAAGGGAACUUUUGCUCCCACUUCUGCAAACCUCUGCCAGAGCGGCGGCGCAGUCAUGUACUGGUGGAUCCGAUGGUCAGCAAUGUGGACUCCAGUGGACGACAGGAUCUUUCGAUGGUAGUGUUGGUGUGGGUGAGCAGAUGUCUGCUAUGGAGGUGAUCCAGGCGAACUUAUGGGAUCAAGUACCCGGACCGGUCACUGCAGAGAGAGGCGGUAUCAGUGUGGGAGAUCCUUCUGCAGGCACAGGUGGCGAUCAGAGCCCGGGUGGUUUGGAUCCUGACGACGUUACCACUGGCGACCGGGUUGGGGCUGGUUUCCUGACUACAAUGGUCUUGAUUGGUGUGAUUGGUGGUGCAUGGUGGAUGGUGGCAUAA